GAAGCUCUGCCCGCAAGUCAUAUGACUUUAAUUUCCUGGUGCUUUUGCGGUAGAUGCGCUCGAGCUGCACAUUUGGAAGGUAGCCGAAGUCGAACGCUGUUGUUUCUGGGUGAAGUGUUUUGGCUACCAAGUUAUCAUGUUUUGGUGCGCGUUUGUGAUUUUGUUCCUGGCUCUUGGAAAUGAACUCCACCUGUCACAUUCGACUGAGGUGUCAGUCAACAACACAGAGAAUAAAUUAUGCCUCUACGCCAAUUUGAUGGUCAACUUCUCCGUCACCUAUGAAGUUGGUGUAAAUAAGAGCGAAACGGUUCUUUUUGUACUGCCUGAAAAUGUGACAACAGAAGGGAGCACCUGCAAUAACACAACAUCAACAUUGAAACUCGGUUUUGGAGACGGGCACAGCUGGGUGGUUGAAUUCACUAAGGACAACAAAACAUACCAAGUAGAUUCCAUUGUUUUCACCUACAACCUCAAUGACUCAAGCAUCUUCACCAACUCUACAUCAAACGAAACCAAGUCUGUGACCGCAAAGCCAAGGAUCACCAACGUGGGUGUGGAUACCUACUACUCCUGCAAGAGCGAAAAUGUCCAGAGAGUAGAGUCUGUCACUCAGACACUGUAUGAUGUUACUUUACAGGCGUUUGUGACAAACGGCAGCAAAAGUGACACCGACACUGUAUGCGCUGCUGACCUAACCUCCACCACUGUGGCGCCCACCACGACCGUUACCACCACAGCUGCCCCCACUUCUACCCCUACCCCUACACUGCCCACACCCACCACUGGAAAUUACAGCAUCGCACCCGACUUCAACAGUACAGCCUGCUUAAUGGCCACCUUCGGCCUGCGGAUCGGCUUCAAGCAAGGAGACAAAGUGGAGACCAUCAACCUGGUGCCCAGUGCGACUAACGUGAGCGGGGCUUGUGGGGUUAACAGCAGCAACCUCAUACUGACAUCGGACACAAUCACCAUCAUGUUCACUUUCAGCAACGACAGCAAGAAGUUCCACCUGCACGCUCUGAACGUCACAGUGAAACCAGCCACUGGGGCGGAUGUCUUUGCAGACAAUACCAACAUGUCCAUUUGGGCGGCGGCGGUAGGCAGCUCCUACAUGUGCAACAAGGAGCAGACAUUAACUGUCACCCAAACGCUCACUCUCUACACGUUCAAGCUUCGCGUCCAGCCCUUUGGGGUUGAAAAAGGGGAAUUUGCUACAGCCCAUGAAUGUUCACUGGAUGACACCAGCAUCUUAAUCCCAGUCAUUGUUGGUGCCGCCCUGGCCUGCUUGAUUCUCAUUGUAGUGAUUGCUUACGUGAUUGGUCGAAGGAAGACCUAUGUGGGAUAUCAAACCCUCUAAAAAUCCAUCUGUGAUCAUGAAUCCAGAACAGUUUGAUCCUUAUGUGUCAGGGGGGUCCCAAAGCCUGAUCCUGGAUUGGCUGUGUAAUCUUUCCAUUAGUGACUGACUCACAAAACUGGAAUAGUCAGACUAUAGUCUCUUUACUUCAGCCACUCUUAAGAGCUGCUUUUAGACUUGAGAUUAGGCUAGCUUCGCUUAGGUUUAGAUUUGAGUAGCUUUGUUCAGGUAAAUCUGAAUACUCAAAACGCUCUCCAGGACCAGGUUGGACCACCCAUGUUCUUUGUGUAAUUUCCCUUUUUGUUUGAUUUGCUUUGUAUUUUUUCCGCCCUUCUCCCCUUUUUUUUUGGAAAGGAGCAGUGCAGGAUUCUCUGCCUCUGUGUUUACCAGUACAGUAUAGAAGGCCUUAUUUAUUGCAGAAUCUCUGAAAGUGAUUGUUUCUUAUGACACUCCAUUUCCUUGCAUCACUUUCCAGAUGAUUCUUGUUCAGUGUAGGCUCUCUUUUGAUCAAGUAGCACAUUUUAUAGAAACUCCGGUCAGAGUACUUGUGCUACUGUUUGCACAUUUUCACGAGGAGUUAUGACAAUUGGGUGCUGUGCCCUUGUCACUGUGAAUCAUGCUCCCGCCCCCUCUCCCUCACCUUUUUUUGUUUCAUAUGUUCUUAUUUAAUGUCUGUGUACAUUUUUGUUCAAUCUUUCUUUUGUGGUUUCAUUCAUCCUCACAAUUCAUUGUAGCAGCGCAACAUUUUGACAACUUGAACAUUUUUGAAUUUGCCUUGCAGCUAAAUGAGACAACAUUGAGUAGCUUUGUUGAUUUGUCUCAGGAACUCCUUACUAACUAACCAGGAUAAAGGUCUGCUGCUUCACUCUCCUCUCCCCUUACUGAUAAUCUACUAGUCACAGUAGUUUGAAUCUGGAAAGGGAAGACUUUACGACUGAAAUCUGUGUGGCCACAUUAAAAAACAGUAGUAUUAUUGGCAUAUAGUGCAUUCUCCAAGUUGACGUUACCAAACAAGGGAUCUGUCCCUAUAUGUUCACACACGGCUCUAGUUGACAUAAUGUUUGCCACUAAUGUCUGUUUGUCUCAGAAUUAUGUGUUAACUCUUUGACUGACGGGCUAAUUUUGUGAGGUGUGAAAUCUACCUUGAAGUGUUAAUUUAACUCUGAAAAGUCCAUGAGGAUGUAAAAGAUGAACCUGAAAGGAGAAAUGAAACCAAACCCCCUCUCCCGUCAUGACAUGUUGGCAUUAGGUUUCAAAAAGGGAUAGCUGUAGUUGACUUAUUUGCUGCCAUUCAAAUGUGUUCUUCGCAGAUGGUGAUUAUUUUGUACAUAUGCAUUAAACCGUUCAGUAAGUUUGACGUAAGUUCAAAAUGCGUGCUGCAAUAUUACACCUGUGUAUAGUAUAGCCAUUGCUGCAGUGUUGCUCCGGAAAGCUGCCAGUUAGUAUGGGGAACUUGUAAACAGAGCUGGGGUCAAUUCCAUUUUACAAUCAAGUCAAUUUCAGUAAAUUGAUUUCUAAUUCCAAUUGUCCUCUCUGCUCUUCAGUGAGAAACAUUUGAAUGUGAAUGUUUGUUUACUUUCUGAAUUGACUGAAAUUAAAUGGAAUUAACCCCAACCCUGCCCAGUUAACCCCUUGUAAGUUGUACCUAUCGACAGAGAGUGGUAGUAAAGGUCAUUGUCCACAGGAUGUGUAUAUUUUUGUACUGUUAGGAUGGGAUACAAUGGGAAUUAUGUUGUAGUGCGGUGGUCAGCAUGAGACAUGAAUACAUUUGAUUGCCGCCUUUAAUUGCUGUUGAUUCAACCAAUUUUUCUUCAGAUUAUGUGAAUGAUUCAUUUAUUCCUUAUCAAAUAUUAUUUUGGAUUCUUGCUUUACAGUCCGGUGUGAGGUGUCUUGGAAAAUUGACUGCUUUUCUACAAAUCCUGUUUGUUACUAUGAUUCUAAAAUUGGCUUCUCAGACCCUGUAUAAAAUCAAUUCUAAAAUACCCUUUGGAAUCUUAACAUUUACUACUCCCAAUUUUCAUUUACUUGACAUGAUAAUGAAUGUUAUGAUUGUGACAAAUGUGUGCCUUACUCAAUGAAGCUUGUCCAUUUGAGAUUCAUUCAGGUUUGAUAUCUUUACAUUUAAUGGAUUCUCCACUAGUCUAAAUGUCUCCUAUUUUAUGAAUUCAAAAUGCAUCAUGUUAAGAAAAGGGAAAUCUCUAUUACAGGACAGGCCCAUCCUCCAAAUGUAAGAUACAUUGUAUUUUCUUCUGUGUAACUCCAAACAAAUGUUCAUUUUUGAAUUCCUUUUCAAUAGGCUUUUAGCUGCAUUAAAUGGGAAUGGAAAUUUUCCCCCAAAAUAA